CCUCCCCUCUCUGUGGUUGGUCGAUCUAUUGCAAUGGUCGCCAUACCCACUCUCUCUCUCCUAUUUGCCCUGGCGGAGUGGGCAGGACCGGUCACGCCCUCCUCACACUUCUUGCUCCGCCCCCGAGAUCGGGAAAGAGACCCGGGAACUAUCAUGAACUUCAACAUCGCUGUGAUCCACGCCGGGGCCAACGUGCAGGUGGAGGCGGCGGCGGCCGGGCCCGGGGGGAGGUUGCUCUACCCGGGGUUUGGCCGGGCCCACAGCUCCCUGGGGGAGAGUGUGUACACACCUUGGGGCCCUGCUAGCGUCAUCUGGCUCCAGGUGAAUGACAGUAGUCCCAAGACCCUGCUGUCCCAGCUCUGCGACUUGUUGGCAGCGAGGCCACUCCAGGGCCUGAUCUAUGAGGAGGAGAGGCCCCCGCCCACCGCCUGGGGCCCCCUGGCCCCGAUGUUAGAGUUUGUCUCGGCCCAGACUGGACUGCCCAUAGUGGCUGUAGGAGGAGGGGCUGGGCUGGGGAGGAUGCAGCAGGAGUCAGGCUCCAUCUUCCUCCAGUUCAGUUCCUCCACCGCUCUUCAGCUGGAGGUUAUCUUCAAAAUACUGGAGGAGUAUGACUGGACCACGUUCUCUGUGGUGUCCACCCGGCACCACGGCUACCAGGACUUCCUGUCGGUGGUGGACGGCCUGACAGACGGCUCGUUCAUUGGCUGGGAGAAGAAGAGCGUGGUCAUGCUGAACGUGACGGACGACCCGGGAGGGGCACGUACGCGCAGGCUGCUCAAGGAGAACGAGGCGCAGGUGCGUCUGCUCUACUGUUCCCAGGAGGAGGCUGAGCUGGUGUUUAAAGCAGCCUGGGCGGCGGGCCAGGCCGGACCCUCUCACAUGUGGUUCGCUGUGGGUCCGGCCCUGUCUGGCCUGGGCAUGGAGGGCCUGCCCAGGGCUCUGUUUGCCGUGCGGCCGCAGGGCUGGAAGGACCGGCCCGUCCUGAGGAUCGCCCGGGGAGUGUCCAUAUUGACCCAGGGGGCGGUGGCGCUGCGCCGGGACUAUGGUGCCUCGGGAGGGCCAAACUUUGUCACCAACUGCAUGACGGAAGCCAAUCAGACACACAGGGUGCGGGGGAGGAUGAGAUAUUUCAGCAACAUCACUCUGAGUGGAAGAGACUACUCGUUCGACAGUGACGGUUACUUGGCCAACCCUGUCCUGGACGUUAUCUCCUAUACACCUGGCAAAGGCUGGGAGGACGUAGGGUUUUGGGAGAAUGGUAAGUUAGUGUUGGUGUACCCAGCCUGGUCGCGUUAUGGUCCAUUUCUCCAACCGCCCGAUGGGGCUCAGCACCUGCAUGUCGUCACCUUGGAGGAACGGCCAUUCGUCAUCGUGGAGCUUGCCGACCCCGCCUCCAACACCUGCAUCAGAGACUCUGUACCCUGCAGACGACCGCCCAACGCCAGGUCAGGAGAUGCCAGUCUUCCCUUCACGGAGGGCGUGCCCCCAAAGAAACAGUGCUGUAAGGGCUUCUGCAUCGACAUCCUCAAGCGACUGGCCAAGAUCGUGGGCUUCACCUAUGACCUCUACCUUGUGACGAAUGGGAAGCAUGGGAAGAAGAUUGACGGGGUGUGGAACGGCAUGAUUGGUGAAGUGGUGGCACAACGAGCGGACAUGGCCAUCGGCUCCCUCACCAUCAACGAGGAGAGGUCUGAGGUGGUGGACUUUUCCGUCCCCUUUGUUGAGACUGGCAUCAGCGUCAUGGUCUCCCGUAGCAACGGAACCGUCUCACCUUCCGCCUUCCUGGAGCCCUACAGUCCAGCGGUCUGGGUGAUGAUGUUCGUCAUGUGUCUGACUGUGGUCGCUGUGACUGUCUUCAUCUUUGAGUUCUUCAGUCCGGUCGGCUAUAACCGCAGCCUUUCGAGCGGAAAGAAGGCAGGAGGCUCUACGUUCACCAUAGGGAAGUCUGUGUGGCUGCUGUGGGCCAUUGUGUUCAAUAACUCGGUCCCAGUGGAGAACCCAAGAGGAACAACCAGUAAGAUCAUGGUUCUGAUCUGGGCGUUCUUCGCUGUCAUCUUCCUGGCCUCCUACACUGCCAACCUGGCUGCCUUCAUGAUCCAGGAGGAGUACAUAGACACUGUCUCUGGACUGUCAGACAAAAAGUUCCAGCACCCAACUGAGCAGUACCCCCCGCUGAAGUUUGGAACAGUGCCCAAUGGGAGCACAGAGAAGAACAUCCGCAGUAACUAUCUUGACAUGCACAAGUACAUGAUCAAAUACAACCAGAAAGGAGUGGAGGAUGCCAUCAACAACCUCAAGACUGGGAAGUUGGAUGCCUUUAUCUACGAUGCAGCCGUGUUGAACUACAUGGCCAGGAAAGACGAGGGCUGUAAGGUGAUGACCAUAGGCUCUGGGAAGGUAUUUGCCACCACAGGCUACGGUAUCGCCCUGCACAAGAACUCCCGCUGGAAACGCCCACUCGACCUGGCCCUGCUGCAGCUGGUGGGAGACGAUGAGAUCGAGAUGCUGGAGCGGCUGUGGCUGUCAGGUAUCUGUCACAACGAUAAGAUUGAGGUAAUGAGUAGUAAACUGGACAUAGACAACAUGGCGGGCGUCUUCUACAUGCUGCUGGUGGCCAUGGGGCUCAGUCUGCUGGUGUUUGCCUGGGAACACCUGGUCUACUGGAGGCUCAGACACUGCAUGGCUACCAGCUCUGGAAAACUGGACUUCCUGCUGGCCAUCAGUAGGGGCAUGUACAGUUGUUGCAGCUUUGAGGAUGAAACCACACCUGGCGGGGCUAAAUCUUCCACAACCCUGCCCCAACAUCAUCACGGUGCCAUGGUAACCGUCCCACCCCCGCCGCAUAUGGUCAGUACGUCAGUGACCAAUCCGGCCCUGACCAUGACGCAGCAGCAGCAGCCCAUCUACAAAACCCCUCUGCCUGGCUCCCCUCCCUCCUUAGUGCAUUCUGGGACAGCACUGGGGCCCACCAACACGCCCAUGCUCGGGGCACCCCUGCCGUGCUCCACAUUCCUCCCCCGCACUGAUCGCAGACUGGCCGUGGUGGAUCGCUGGAGGCUGCCCAAGGCCGGGACCGCUACCAACCGCAUGGCCGUCCGUGGGGCGAUCGCAGACAUAGGGCCUUUCCCCCAAAAAGUGGCUCCGACCUGGGGUACGACGGCUGGAGGACUGGGUGGUGGUGGUGGUGGUGGUGGUGGGUUGGAUGGAUAUAAACGCUACUAUGGACCCAUCGACCCUGAGGGUCUGGGGCCCUGCAUGGACCAGCAGGCAGGUUCCCAGACCCCCAAAACGGCCCCCAGGGGCCACCCCCAGCCCCCUCCUGCCACCGUGGCCUUCUACUCAGAAAAGGGCCCUGACCAUGGGGUGGGGAAGAGGGUGGUGGGAGGUGGUGGUGCCGGGGCUCAGGGGAAGGGAGGAGUCAAACCUUUAGGGACGCCUCGGCUGCCUCCUAAGAGCCAAGCUGCGGGCGUCGCCCCGGUCCCUCUGCCCCCUAACCCCCCGCUGCCACUCCCCUCCCCCCCUCUUCCCUCAUCGUUUUGGAGGAGGCGUCGACCCAAGAAGCCCAAAGAGCCAGGUGGGCCUCUGUACGAGAACAUUCUGCCCCUGGGGCGGAGGAGUGGAGGAAGGGAUGGUGGAGGGAGAAGGGGACGCCCCCUCUCUCCUCCUCUCUCGCUUCCUGUACCGGUCCCCGUCUCCCCAACCUACACUCCCCCUUCCCCCUCUGCUUCACUUCCCUACACCACCUCAACAUCUUCCUCUUCCUCUAAUACGUCGUCCACCUCCUCCUCUACCUCUUCUUCUCGCUCAUCGUCUCGCUCGUCAUCCACCUCCGGGACCUCUCGGAGCACACGGGAAGGUCUGGACGGUGACGAAGAGGACGAGGAUGAGGAGCUGACAGAGGAGUCCAGCCUUCUCCUAGGGAGAGGGAGGGACAGAGAGCGUUCCAUCAUCUCCUCGCGCUCCCUCAGUCAUGGACGCCAACCUCCACCCAUACCACCACGAAAGCCUCGGACCCCUCGAGGGGAGAGAGAGAGGGAGAGGGGAGGGAGCCAGCUGGCCCAGCUUCAGGAGUGGUGGGCGGGCUGGGGCGAGAGAGAAAAGGAUCGCAGCGGAAGAGGAGGAGGGGGGGAAGACGACGAGAGGAAACGAGAGAAAAGGAGGAGGAAAGAUAAGGAAAAAAAGAAAAAGAAGAAGAACAAAAAGAGGAAAAAGAGGGAGGAACGGGAACGAGAGCGAGAGAGAGAGAGAAAACGCCGGAAGGUGAAAAAGAAGAGGAAGAAAAAAGCGCUGAAGACAAAGAAGAGGAAGAAAUCGACUGGGCGUUCCGAGCCAGAAGAGGGCGACGUGGAGGCAGACAGGGAGGGCGAUGGAGAAGGAGAGAGAGAAGGAGGAAUACCAGACUAUUCAUCCUUCCCCACACAGUAUCGUAGUACUUUUGGAGAGAAAGGGAGAGAUUCAGCCUGGGAAGGAGAGAGGGAGCGGGGGAGGAGGGAGGGCAGAGAGGAAGAGGGGGAUGAAAGAGACCAGGAGAGCAGCAGAAGUAGGGAGAGGAGGCCAAAAUCUUCUCGUUCCCACUCCAGACAGGCACCUGUCGGGAGGCGUAUCCCCAACCUCCACAAACUCCCUGCCUCUGUCAAGUUCUGGGUGAGUGGAGGAAACGGGGGAGGGGGGGGGGCCAACACUGAAACACCCCCCUCAUCCCUCCACCCACUCCUCCCAUCCUCCAAACGACAGAGGAGCGGAGGGGUUGAGAAAGCAGAGGGCGAGAAAGGAGGAGAGAGGAGGCCCUUGUUAGUGCGAUACGAGAGGGGAAGGGCUCACACCAGGGAGGGCCUCUCCUUUCAUGAGUGGGACUCUGAGGAUGAGGAGGAUGAUGAGGAAGAUGAUGAAGAGAGGCAGAGAGACAGAACGAGGGAGCGGGUGGAGGAGAGGAAGAGAAGGGCAGGUGGGAGGGGUGCGGUGUCAGAGUCCGAGAGAGACCGGACACGAGCAGAGGACAGUUACUCUGAUGAUAGGUCCUCGGGGGAGUUUGGCCGGUUUGAGAGAUACUGGGAGGGGAAUGGGGGGGCAGGAGGAGGACCGGGGAGUGGUGGAAUAGGCGGGAUCGGGGGAGGCGGCUGGUUUUUCGGCACAUAUCCGUCCAUACAGAAAGGGGGAAGCAUCAACAGCAGAGAUGACUCGAUACUAGGGCGGGGGGAGGGUUGGGGAGGGGCAGGGGGAGAUUUCUGGGGUUCUGGACCAGGAGUAGGGUGGGGGUCAGGGGGAGGGAGUGGAGGUCUAGGGUCCCAGUGGCCGCCUCCUCCUGCAAACCUCCCACCUCCCCAGAGGUACUGGUCAGUAGACAAACUCCACAUGAAGGGAGAGAAGAAGUGGAAAAGGGGAGGAGGGGGUAAGGGCAAGGGACGCACAAGACUCAGAGAGCAGGAAUCCGGCGGCUCUUGUUCCUGUAGCCAGUACCCCCACCCUCACGUCCACCCCACGCGCCGCUCACACAGCCAUGGGAAGAGAGGGAGCACCGCCCUGUCCCACAGCCAAGAAGAGCUUCUCCCGCACUGCCACAGUUUCAGCGGGGGCUCCCGGCCCAAACCCCCUCCCAAACUAGACCAGGGCCAGGCCAAGUCAGGCAGCCAGUCCAGCCUCAGCACACAGCAGCCAGGAGGGCUAGGGGACCACCCCCCCCAGGCCUCCUCCUCGCCUCCUCAACCCCUAACCACCGGCCCUUCCUCCUCCCUACCGGUGCCCAUCCCUCCUCCCCCCUCCAAAUCCUCUGUCUCCCCUCCGUCUGGCUCGGGCCAGGCCCAAGCCUCUGCCAGCGCUAAACUCCAGUACCAGAGACUACGGUCAGUGCCCCAGCCCCGGCGUUUCUAUUCCCCACACCUGCCACUCAAAGCCAAGAGCCUGUGUUCCCGACGUGGCUCCGCCCAUUUCUCCAGCCUUGAGAGCGAGGUAUGA